AUGAUCGGCUAUGUUGACCCUUUGCGUUCUGAUGGCGUAUUCUACGUAGGUGCUCAAGUACCGGCUAGCUGGCCUAAGGAUACAACACGCCCGUCGACGCCCUACUAUUUCUACAACCACCAAGUCAUGCUGCCCCAACCGAAGGCGCCCGUUCAUCAUCAAAUAGAUCCAUUUGUGCCGCAACGUGACGCCAUAAUUUCUGCCUUGGUGCGAGAACUGAAAGGUAUUGACACAACGCAAUUCAUUUUCAAUCAACAACAGCACCAACUGAGUAUACAUUGUUCGACAGACAUGUCGAAACGCUUGGCCGAUGUCGAAAACGACAAGAAGAAGACGACGCAAGAUUUGUCCAAUUUGAAAAACGAAUUGGCUCAAACGAAAAAACUGGCGGAAGGAUGGAAGAGCCAAUCAGACGACAAUCGGAAGAAGGUCAAAGACAUCCAGACCCAAGUCGAGCUCCUCGCAACACCAUUUCGAAAUGUCUCUAUCGACUCUGAAGACGAGACAACUGCGUCAGCCAGAUUUUGCAACUGCAAAAUGCUUACGUCUGUUACCAAUAAUCUAAGCACCGAUGUGGCUGAACUAAAGUUGAAACUAAGUGAUUUAACCACGCCAACGGCGCUCGACAAAAUGCCCAGUUCUUGCGCAGACCUCAAGUCACUGGGUUACCACAACAGCGGCAUUUUUUCCGUCAUGGGAGACAAACAAGUGAAAAGCGUUUACUGCGAUUUCACGAAACCCAGUAGCAGUGCAGAUUUCGAGAAAUUGAUUGGCAUCGUCGACACGAAAACCAUCCGCGUUUACUUCCACGCUCAACGAAAAUCGAACUUUUCCGCAAAAGACACCAUUCCAUUUGAUAUAUUACUGACGAGCGAGGGCAAUGCCAUGGAUGUAUCGGGCAUUUUCACCGCCCCCACGUCAGGAAUAUAUUUCUUUGCUUGUUCGGGUCUUGGCUUCUUGGCGCAAGCGAAGGUCGCUUUGGAGGCAAAGGGGGCGAAUGAAGCCAAUUGGUCCAGCGUCGGACAAACUUACAGCUCUGCGGGCAAUCGUCAGAACUACUACAUCCAUGCAACUUUACGACUCAGCAAAGGCGACCAAAUUAGACUCAAACUGAUCCAAGGCGUGCUUGAGGACUCGGACGAGCAUCUGACCAACUAUGUUGGUUUCCUACUCGACGAGGAUUUGUAG